AAACGGUGCUUAAAAUGCCUUUCCCAGUGUUUUCUUGAACCGAAUAACGAAAUGACAAUGCAUGAUGCCUCUUCAGUUUGCUCAUCUACAGGCUAAAUAUACAUCAUAGCAGGAAGGGGAGAGCAACGUCAGUACAACAUGCUACGUUUCUAAGCAGUCACUUACCAGAGUCGGUUUGAGGGCAGGCUUUCCUGAGUUGUCCAGCGUUGGCCUGGAAUGAAGCUGGCCUGUGAUGUAUGUCCGCCUGUAGAUUUCAACACCACUUCUGUUCUGAGACCACAGGUUGCUGAAGCUGGACAACUGGCUACGCAUUGCUCACUUGAGCCUGACGAACCCUAGGCAAGGGGUAAAGAUUGCCAGCUAGGCUACACACGGCGCAGGAAGCCCACGACUCUCAAAGAUUCAUUGUGUCCUCGUUUAACCUAAUGGUGCCUAACUUCUAGAACACUACUGGAAAAAUAGGAAAGAAGGGGCAGAGAGUUUCUGUGUGUGGAGUGUCGGCAGCAAAGCGCGGCUACCGAGGUUACAUCUGCGUUCCAGUUCAUUUCCUGGAAGAAUUUAUAACCAGGAAAUGAGCUCCAGACCAAAAUGAGAUGUUGUCCACAUGGAUCUUUUUAGAACAAGUUGAUUCACAUCAUGGCUCACAGCUGGCAAUAUCCUGGUUGUUCUGAGGUAGUAGUCACUCUCCUUGAGCAAUGUGUGUCUGUGACGGAAGGAGUUAAAAUGCAACACUGGUUGUCUCCUAGCUUCGCUCUUUAACCCGGUCUCUCUGAGGGUAUACAGACAGUGAGUGUAAGCUUGGAACUAACACACGCCCCCUGGUGUUUGCAUGCAGUCAUUGCAUUCAGCAGAUCCUGGAGGCUGUGCUGCACUGCCAUCAGAUGGGCGUGGUCCAUCGGGACCUGAAGCCUGAGAAUUUGCUUUUAGCUAGCAAAUCCAAAGGAGCAGCUGUGAAACUGGCAGACUUUGGCUUAGCCAUAGAAGUUCAAGGCGAUCAGCAGGCGUGGUUUGGUUUUGCUGGCACACCUGGGUAUCUUUCUCCAGAAGUCCUGCGUAAAGAUCCUUAUGGAAAACCAGUGGAUAUGUGGGCAUGUGGUGUCAUCCUCUACAUCUUGCUGGUGGGCUACCCACCCUUCUGGGAUGAAGACCAGCAUAGACUCUACCAGCAGAUCAAGGCUGGAGCUUAUGAUUUUCCAUCACCAGAAUGGGACACGGUGACACCUGAAGCCAAAGACCUCAUCAACAAAAUGCUUACCAUCAACCCUGCCAAACGCAUCACAGCCUCUGAGGCACUGAAACACCCAUGGAUCUGUCAACGCUCCACUGUUGCGUCCAUGAUGCACAGACAGGAGACUGUAGACUGCCUGAAGAAAUUUAACGCUAGACGGAAACUGAAGGGCGCCAUCUUGACAACUAUGCUGGCUACGAGAAAUUUUUCAGCCAAGAGUUUGUUGAAGAAGCCAGAUGGAGUAAAGGAGUCAACUGAGAGCUCAAACACCACUAUUGAGGAUGAAGACGUGAAAGCACGAAAGCAGGAGAUCAUCAAAGUUACUGAGCAACUGAUUGAAGCUAUCAACAAUGGGGACUUCGAGGCCUACACAAAAAUCUGUGAUCCAGGCCUCACUGCCUUUGAACCUGAAGCUUUGGGCAACUUAGUGGAAGGGAUGGACUUUCACAGAUUCUACUUUGAAAAUGCUUUGUCCAAAAGCAAUAAACCAAUCCACACCAUCAUCCUGAACCCUCACGUGCACCUGGUAGGGGAUGACGCCGCCUGCAUAGCCUACAUCCGGCUCACACAGUACAUGGACGCAAGUGGAAUGCCAAAGACUAUGCAGUCGGAAGAGACUCGAGUGUGGCACCGCCGCGAUGGGAAGUGGCAGAAUGUGCACUUCCAUCGUUCGGGGUCACCAACAGUACCCAUCAAGCCACCCUGUAUUCCAAAUGGGAAAGAAAACUUCUCAGGAAGCACCUCUUUGUGGCAAAACAUCUGAAAACCAUUCACAUUUGGGUCUUCUAAUUGUCAACAGUGCCACUUCUUCAUUGUUUCCAAGGCACCUGGAGGGUAAUCCUGGGACGUCCUCUCCUCCUCUUCAUGCAUGUUUCUGAGUGCAUGAAGCUGUGAAGGUUCUACGUGUAAUGCAUAUGUGACGUGUCAUCUUAUCAUAUAUUCCUUCCUAUACAUUGUUUACACUCCAGCUACUGGAUGGGAUGUUCCAUGCAAGCUUCAAUUACUGUUGGCAAACUAUAGAUGGAGGUCAGACGAGAAAAUUCCACAAUAUUCCAAGUUCAACUGACCCAUCAGGUUUCCCUGUUUAUGCCAAGAUUUAAAAGACAAUUAAAAUCAUUGUUCUCUGAAUGACAAUUCAUAAGAGAAAAGUAAAUCUUUUUUAGAAUGCUGCCAUUAAUCUGUUUGGGCUUUUUGUUGAGAUUUUGGUUUUGAUUUGUUUUUGUCUUUAAGGGUACAUACAUAUAUAUAUAUGUAUACCUUCAGCUCCUGGUGUGAUCCUGGUAGAAAUGGAUGUCGUUUCUCUGAAAGUGUUGGUAUUGGAUAAGUGGAUAUUUAUGCGGGCAAAUGCCUGUGUGAUUGUAGGAGCAAGAGUCAGUUACUGUUCUACCGUCAAAGCCAUAUUGAUUUGAGUCACACUGUAUACUGGAAAAAAUUCACGUCAUUUACUAGUUUGAUUUCUUUCAGAUAGGCACAGUUCUGGUGAAUGCUUGGCAUAGAUUUUGUUUUUUUCUUUCUCGAAUCUGUGUUCUGUUUUUACUGUAUACUAUUUGUUUGCCCUUCUGUUUAUUUUUCCUGUUUUAGUUCUCUCUCAUCUCUCUCUCUCUUUUUCUGUUUGCCUGUUUAUCCUUCUUUCUGUAGCUAGUAGUGUGUAAAAACAGUAAAAUUUACAUAUGAAGGUAAAAUAAAAGUCAAGGUCUUUUGGAGGAAACUAAAGGCAACAUUUCCAGUUUCUUUAGGGCCCAUGGACCUGCUAGAAGAUUUUAAAUAAAGGUUUUUAAAUUGGCUUAGGCUACCACUUAUGCGUAGGUAUCCUAGCCAUGUUGGAAGUUUUUAAAUUGAGACUUGUGCUAACAGCAGUAAGAGCCUACUAAGAAUCACCAACUAGAGAAGUUGCCUGAAGACCACAGUGGAGGGUGACCAGGAUUCUAAGCACUUAUUUGACCUUGUGGGAUGUGAGGGCCUUUCCUGCCUCACUUUCACUAGCUAGUCCACAUGAGGUAUGUUCUCCAUCCUCACAGUGUUUGAACUUGAUCUUUGUAAUUUGUGCAGUUCUAGCUUCUCUCUUGAGUCACAAUAGCAUCUUCUUGCCAGGGGUUAGGGUUUAUCCAGCUUAAAGCAACGAAGAAAAGGAAAUGCCCCAGUUUUCUUUGCAGUUCUCAUUUCUUCUUUGUUGAUGCAGUCCUGUCAGGCUGCUUUUCUGUGUUGAACUGCUUUAUGGUGCAUGGACUCUCCAUCAGCGUUACUUCAACCAUAGCUACUCAGUCUUUAGAAGCCUAUUUUUAAAGCAGAAGCAAAAAGACAAAAAGCCCUCACUCCCCCUCUUUUUCCUAAUUUCACCUUUUGGUGUUGAUUGCUAAUCACUUUAGAUAUUGUUGCUAGUGAAUGUAUGGUAGAUGGGUUGAAGCUUUUCUGAUAACUAUCACAUGAUUUAAAACAAUAUAUAUUUAAAAAUGAAUAUAUACAGUAAAUGUAUUGAGCCGUGUUAUCCUGCCAAUGAGAUCUGUGAAAAACGUUAAUGGCCUCACUUUUCCCUUUUUAAGUUCUUUUCCCUUUCUGUGAAGCAACUCUGCGUGGCAUACAUAUAUUUAAAAACACAAAUAGUGGUAGAAUGUUUUUUUUCUCCUUUUUUUUUUUUUACACUUUUAACUUAGCAUGUGGUGUUGUAUUACCAUAGAUCCAGUUUGUCUUCUGCACUAAGGUGUGAGGAAAUCGUGAUUUGUUCUCUCCAGCACAAUGGAAUUACACAUUCAUCAUCUGCUAUUGUUUUGAAAACACUGCAGUUUACCAUGGGACACUGUAUAUAUUUCUUGCCAUAAUGGUAAAUGACUGAUUGAUAUAUUUAAGAGUUAAUAAAUUUGUGAUUUCUGCUGA